AUGGCUGCUGUGUGUAGUGUUAAAACUACAUCCUCAUUCUUCCUAGCAUUGUGUUUAACUAUGAUCAUGUUUUUUACUUUGUCCUGCUUUUCUGCUGAUCCCGACCCGCUUCAAGACAUUUGUGUUGCUGACUUGAACUCCACAAUUCGCGUCAAUGGGUUUCCUUGCAAGCCGGAGUCUCAAGUUACAUCAAAUGAUUUCUUCUUUAGUGGCUUGAUGAAUGCAGCAAGCACAGAGAAUCCGGAAGGGCGUGGUGUAAAAAUUGCUGAUGUUACCACCUUCCCUGGAUUAAACACCCAAGGACUUACGGUAGCUCGAAUCGACCUCGCACCUGGUGGAAUUGUUCCGCUUCACGUACACCCUCGAGGAAGUGAAGCUAAUUUUAUCUUAAAAGGGAACGUCUAUUUUGGGUUCAUAACUACUACUGAUGUUUUGUACGCAAAUGUUAUGAAACCUGGAGUGUUGAAUAUCAUUCCUAGAGGACUUGUGCACUUUGCAGCGAACAUUGGACCAGAGAAGGCUGUCAUCAUAGCUGUUUUAAAUAGUCAACUGCCCGGAUUUGCAAAUAUUCCUACCAACCUCUUUAAUUCUACCCCAGGAAUUCCUGAUUUUAUUUUGGCUAAGAACUUCCGAGUUGAUGAGAAGAUCAUCAAUAUCAUAAAGGCUAAGUUUGCUCUCAAUGGUUCUUUGGUUACUGGAACUUGGAAAGAUAUAUAG